UCUGGGCUUAUACGAUUGCCAUCGAAUCUCAGUCUCUCCUGUUUCUCUUCUCCGCCCAAACUGUCUCCAAACGCGGCCGCCCAAUCAAGUCAACAUCAUCAACUAAGCGAUCAUCGAAUAGGUGUAACGUUCACCGCCUUUACGAGGUCAUAGUCCUCCAUAACAAGAACAAAAUAUUCAUUUGCAUUUUGAUUAUUUAUCAUACGUAAAAUUCGAAUCGGCAACGCUAAAAACCAUCUCAACUAAAACCCGUCAAAUUCUCUCUCAUUUUCCUCGAUUCUAUUUCUCAUCGUUUCGUAUCUCCGAUUGAAUUUUCCUCCGCGUCUACGAAGGGAAAGCCAAGGAGCUUCUCUUUCUUGAGUGUUUUUGCUCGAUCUCCGAGGUUUUUGAAGAAUUAUUAAGAUGGAUACUACAAAGACACAGAAUACUGUGCUAGCUUUUACAGAUGAUACCGUUCUUCCUGUAAGUAUGGUGAUAAAUGCAGUUAGGGAACUUGCUAAUGAAAGAGCCGAGCAGUGUGAUCCUCAAGUUAUCACUCAAGCAUCAUCUCUAAGUAAGCUGCCAGUGGAUUCUUCAUCUGUGGAUAUAGUCAUUUCCAUAAGUAGGUCACUCCAAUUUCCCAGUGACCUGUUGUUAGGGGAAAUUUCAAGAGUGUUGAAGCCUGGUGGGACUGUCCUGAUUUACAAGAGUCUUCAAUCUGUUGCAGAGGAAACAGACAAGGCAAUACUUACUCUUGAGCGCAAGUUGCUGUUAGCGGGGUUCUUAGAAGCACAGGGUCUCCAAUUGAAAGCUGUUGGACUAUCUGGAGUCAUUCAGUCUUUUGGGGUUAAGGCCAAGAAGCCUUCUUGGAAGAUUGGGUCAUCCUUUACCAUUAAGAAGCCCAUAACAAGUUCAGUUAAGGUUCAGAUUGAUGAUGAUUUGAUUGAUGAAGAUAGCCUCUUGACUGAAGAGGAUUUGAAAAAACCUCAAUUACCACCUGUUGGUGACUGCGAAGUAGGAAGUACAAGGAAAGCGUGCAAAAACUGCACAUGUGGGAGAGCUGAGACAGAGGAGAAAGUAAAGUUGGGACUGACAAUGGAUCAGCUGAGCAAUCCUCAAUCAGCAUGUGGCAAUUGUGGUCUAGGGGAUGCUUUUCGCUGCAGCACAUGCCCUUACAAAGGUCUCCCGCCAUUCAAACUUGGCGAGAAGGUAUCACUGUCUGGAAACUUCCUUGCUGCAGAUUUUUGAAGGCGAAGAGAUUGGAGUUGGUUUACAACUUGGCCAAAGGAUGUUUUGUUUGAGUUUUGAAUGGGUCUAUGAGUAGUUCAGCUAUUUUAUUAUGGUUCUGUCUCUAAAAUGCUUGCCUUUUUCUGAUCUUCAACCUUUGAAUUUUCAUAGAUAAUGAAUUAGGCGGUUGUGUUUGUUUUAGUUGUGUCAUUAAUAUAAUGGUCUCUUUGUUCAAAAUUACUAUUAAUUUCUGUCAAAUAAUUACGAUUAUUAAAUUUAAUUUUGUUAAUAAAAUGUCUCUGCAUCUAAA